GGCAAACACACAGUGCGCGCAAACAUGUUCGUCGCUGGUCUGGCAAAUGUAGUGUCAGAUCACUGGAUUCUGGGAACCACCAGCCUAUUAUUCUGCUAUACAGUGGGCUUGGUUUUGUACAACCUAUACUUCAGCCCUUUGGCGAAAUUUCCGGGACCGUUCUUUGCAAGGAUAUCGACCUUGCCUGACUUUUACUGGUCGCUUACCGGGAAACGACACCUUUGGAUUGCCCGCAACCAUGAAAUCUAUGGCGAUGCGGUUCGCUUCCGCCCCGAUGGGCUGCUCUUCAAGACACCCGAGGCCUAUCGCGACAUCUUCAACGCCAGAGCUAAUGUCAAGCGAUCUCAGUUCUAUGACAUGAUGACACGGCACAGAAAUGAUCAGAGUACUCUUACGGGCACUGACCCCGCUCUGCAUGCUCGCAAACGACGAGUCCUGAACACGGUGUUUUCUGAUAAAUCCCUCCGCUCGAUGGAGCCGCUGCUGGAGUCGCACGUGGCCCGUUGGUGUGAGCUUCUCGUCGACGAAGAAGGCACGGAAUGGUCGCGACCUCGAAAGAUGUCGGAAGUAUGCGAUUACUUGGUCUUGGAUGUACUGUGUGAUCUCUGCUUCGGGCGAGCUGUGAAUACGAAAGAACCCGGGGACAAUGAGCAUCGCCAGAUUCCCCACAUCAUCGCUUUCUUCCUGCGCAUACUAUACCCGCUGGGCCACUGCCCCUGGCUCAACGCUCUCGUCUGGCUCAAACCCCGCGGCCUCGACUGGGUGCUAAGCAAAAUCACACCCCCCAACGUGCGCUUCCUCUACAACUUUGUCGACGAAUCCCUCGCCCAGCGCCUCGAGCUCGAAGCCCAGGGGCAAACCCGGCCAGAUAUGCUGCAUUUCCUGCUCCGCGCCAAAGACCCGGCCACCGGCCUCCCUGGCUACACGCGCGCGGCCCUCGAAGCGGAAGCCAUCAUGCUGACAAUCGCCGGCUCCGACACCACCUCCGUGAUCAUGGCCGGAUUCUUCUUCUACAUCGUCCGCACGCCGCACGCCUACCACAAGCUCGUCGCCGAAAUCCGGUCCACCUUCCCUUCAGUGGAUACAAUCCGGGGCGGCCCCACCCUCCUCUCCGGGUGUCCGUACCUCCGCGCCUGCGUCGACGAGGCCAUGCGCAUCACCCCGGCCGGCUCGUCAGAGCUGCCCCGCACUGUUCUGUCUGGCGGAAUCACCAUCGCCGGCGAGUUCAUCCCGGAGGGCACGACCGUCGGCGUCGCGCACUGGAGCUUCUAUCGCAACGCGGAUUGUUUCCCGGAUCCGGACCUCUACCGUCCCGAGCGGUGGAUCGUGGAUCCCGCAGCGGGCGUCACCGCGGAGGACGUGGCGAGGGCAAAGGCGAGUUGUCUGCCGUUUUCGGCCGGGACGACGAGUUGUGCCGGGAAGAACUUUGCGUUGUUGGAGUUGUAUUUGGUUAUUGCGAGGACGGUGUGGUUGUUUGAUUUGCGGUUGGUGGAGGGGGAUCGGACGGGGGUGGUUGGGGGGUGUUCUGGUGGUAGUGGUGGUGGUGAUGAUAAAGUGGUGGAGCAGGAGAGGGAGGUCUUCGGGCUGUGGGAUAGUUAUAUUAGUAUCAGGGAUGGGCCGAUGGUGCAGUUUCGGCGAAGGGAGGCUGAACAGACUUCAUAUGCACAUGACAGGGAGUCUACGUGCGUUUAG